CUGGUUGGGCAGGUUGUGUUUCAGUUUCGUCUUUGAGUUAAAAAAGGAAACACACCAUGUAAACAAGCGCCAUACUAACGCACAUUUAGUGAUGUCUCUUCUAAAGAAGGAUGAAAUAUCUCACGUUGAUAUUUAUACUUCCAGUUGUGCUGGGUGAAUUCCAUGUCUUUGCUCCAUACCAGGAAGUCAAAGCAGCCGCCCAGUCAACCGCACUGUUGCCUUGCUUCUUCACUGUGGCAGAGAGUAAAAAUGGACUUAGGUUUGUUAUUAUAAUAUGGAAACACAAGGGCAUCGAGUUGAUACAAUACAUGGACCGCAUUGUAAAAGAAAACAGCCGGACAACAUUGCUGGAAAGUGAGCUACAGAAAGGAAAUGCCUCCUUGGUUAUCAGGAAUGUAGUUUUUGAAGAUGAAGGAGAUUAUGAAUGUGAAGUAACUGAGGCACCAAAUUCUGAAACUAGGAGAAUAUAUCUUCAUGUGACAGUUGCUCCUAAAAUCUCAUUAAAGCCACCAUUAGUUGUGGUGGAUCAACAAAAUUCACUGGAGUGCCGGGCAGAGGGUUUCUACCCUGGAGUUGUCUCUAUUGAAUGGCUCAGAGACUCCCAGCCCCUGUCAUCUCAGAGCCCUGUACAGAUUCAGAAUAACCCUGAUGGCAGCUUCACGGCAUCAAACAGUUACACGUUUAUACCAACUGUGAGUGAAAUCGGUGGAGUUUUUUCCUGUCUCGUGCAACACCUGUCUCUAAAUGAGGGAAAGGAGGAGAAUCGACUUCACAUCUGCAAGCCUACCUUGACGAUUUCCCCUAGAAUCCUAAAGAAAGGGGAGACAAAGGUGUACUGCAAGCUGGAUGGCUGCCUGUUUAGUAAGGUUACUAUGAGAUGGUUGAAAAACGGGUACACUUUUCAUUUUUUAACAUGUGAGGGGAAAAGAGAGUGUAUAAUCAGCAUUGACGUCAUUCUGAGUAUACCAAGGAAAGAGUGGGAAGAAGUCUCAUGUGAGGCUGAUUUGGAUGGAAACAACAAGCCACUCAUACAACAUGCCACAGUGACACUUGCAGGUGUUCCAGAGAAGAUGGCUUUAGGUGUGGUCCUAAUAGUAGUAAUUAUUACAGUACUUGUAGUUUUGCUUCCUAUCAUAAUUGGUGUUGUCUUUGUGCCAUACGUGUGCAAGAAAUUCCAAAAUCUCUGCUGUUUUUACGAAGAGAAAUGCUGUGUAAAAAAGCAGACUUGGAGGAUCAAAAGGAAAAGAAAGCACAGCUCUCUUACAGAUGGGGCCAACAUGAUGAAUGAGUUUGGAGAGACUACAGAAAUACCAACAAGACUACAAUACCAAACGGAAGAAGGCAAUAGUCAUCAUGUCAGAUUCAUUGAAACCCCUGCAUGAAGUUCAUAGCUGAAACUGAGAAGUUCAUACCAGAUGCAAAAUUCCAUAUCACUCAUCCGCACAGAAUACAGUGGGAGUAUGAAGUCAACAGGCCAGUCAUGUAACUAAAGCAGAUGCUUUAUCAUCAUUUAAACUGUGGCUGAAGAUGACAUUGGGUCAGUUUAGCCUAUUAACCUUCUGAAGAAGUCAAGGUCUGAGUGGUGUCUUCUGAAUUAGAAAGUUUAUUUUUUUAUGCAAUUUAAUAAUUGACUUGUGAAGUUUCCUUUUCAAUAUUUGGUCUAAAAUCCCUACUGGACAUUUUGCAGCAAUUUUUAUAUAUUAGUUUUCACAUUAUUGUUUGACUAGCUUGAAGAACAUUUGAACACAGUGUUAUGACCACACCAGAAAGUGAUCACAUAGAAAUGAAAAGAACAAAAAUGGUGUAGAGUCAAAAGCCUAAAAACACUAACUGCUCUUUUUCUCUUAACCCACAGUAAAAGAUCCAAUGAGCAAAUAAAAUGCUACUGUGCACCAUCAAUUUAUAAUGGCAGAUUGCAAUGAAACGACGCAUUCUGUGAUCUUCAAGUCACCAUAGUAACCAUAAAUUAGAAUGGUGAAAUGCAGACAACAACUUGUAUUUCUAUAGCACAUUUUCAUUUGAACAAUGCAGCACAAAGUACUUGACAAGAUGUCAAAAAGAAAGUUACAAUAAAAGUAAAAACAAAUAAGAUUAGGGAAGGAUAUUAAUGAAUAAGUAACAAAGAAAAAAUAAAUCUAUACAAAUUAGUAGAAGGGUAGUAUCCUUAUAUACAGUAUUGUAUUGUAAGUCUCUAAAGAUGAAUCAGAUAAGUUCAUAUGUUCAAGAGGACAGUAAAAACAAAACUCCAGUCAAGCUGGAGAAAAAAAACUAAAUCUUCAGGGGUUCCAAAGCCAAAAGACCACCCAGACCCUGCUGGGCAGAGACGUUCUUAAGUCCUUCCUCAUUGUUUCCAGACUUCUUUUGAGAGGAUUCGAUGAAGUUGGUCUUAUGGAAUACAGACAAGAAUAUACUGAUAAUGAUGUCAGCACACUGCCAUUUUAUUACAAGAAAAAUAACAAACAAUAAGAAAAGUUAAUAUACAAAUUCCACAAAUUUAAAAAUACUAAUUUGGUGGGUAUCCAAAAAGAUUCGCAAGGAACCAUCACUUGUCUGACGAUUGUAUGAACAAAGCGAUGGCAAUCUAAGCUAUUGUGCUGUAUGGUAUAAUUCUGUUGCUUUCAUUUAUUUGGUUGGUUAUUGUUGCUAAUAUUAUAAAAAGAAAUGUAACUGAAGCAUGUGGAUGGUUAACCAACACACAGUGUUCAUUGGGGAAAAUGGAAAAAAUAAAAAGAAGGAUGUAAUGGCACAGGGAAAAACACGGAGCACAGAAAGCACGUGCUAAAAUCAAGGGGGCUUAUGAAGGAAUUGUUUUGAUUGUUUUUUGACUUUCAUGAUAAUGUGAAGCAUGAAGAGGUGUUGAGCAGGUGCAUUCAUUCAUUUGACUGAACAUGAGGGCACAAAAGCUAGGCUUUGGAAGUUUUCGAGGACUGAACUGGUGGAUGUCCAUCUCUUUGUAUUUGGUAGCUUAAAGAAGAAAAAUAAUUAAAGAAAACAUUGAAUUUAUCGAUCAUGAACAAAGAUAUUAUCAUUACCAGCACUGCACUGUGAUUGUCCUAAGUUUGCAGAGGAUAUUGAUGUGGAGUGUGGCAGAAGUGCCAGGUGGACACUGCAGAUUUAUGUACAACAUACGAGCUACAACUAGAUGUGCCACUAUUUUUUUUUUUAGUCAUCAUCCUUUAUGUACAGCCAUGUGAGAAAGUAAGUACACCCUAUGGAACUUUUUGACAUUUUUUAAUAACUGUUAGAUCUUCAUGCAAACAGUCCCUGCAGAUAAAGGAGAUCUAUUUGAGCAAACUACACAACAAAUUGAGACAAUGUACGCAUUGUCAUAAUCUAAAUUAACAAAAGACUUUUUCCAGGUUACAAAUGUGUAAGUCCACCACUACGUUUAUCACAACUUCAAAUCCAUCAAAUCAGAAUCGGGUGACCCAGAUGGACCUCCUUAGGGAGUCUGCAGGUGGACCUGACUGCCUUUUUUUUUUUUAAACUGCCUUUUUUGGGGGUCUGGAGUUUUUUUUUUUUUACUAUUCAUGCGUGUGUAUAUAUGUAUUUUUUUCCUCUGUGAAUAUUGAUUGAAAUAUAAGCCCAGAAAGGUAGACCAUUUUAAAUUGUAGGGAUAUUUCCCAAACUUGUAUUUAAAAUAUGUUUUACAUAUUCAUUUUUUGUAUAUAUAAAAGAAAAUAUGUAUGUAGAUAACUUGAGGUUGAGUGUUCAACAAAUCAAUUACUUUGUGCUGUUACAGUAACGCUAAGUAAAAUUUGUAAACUUGUGAGUUUUAUUUAAUUUCUGUUUUGGGUGUGUUACAUGUACAUCUUGCCAGUAAAUGUACCCAAUGUAUUCUGAACAAAAAGCCAUGUUAAUACUGAAAAGGCUACAUAUAUUUUUACUUAUUGUGAUCUUUUUGUUAGUUUUUAAUUAUUGUGUAAAUUAAGCUUUUUGUUUAUAAUGUAUAUAUUUUAUCAAUGUUUCUGUUACUGUGUUUAGUUAUGUGCCCAGUCUCCUUUAUGUAGAGGCUCUUGAACUGUUGUGUAUGAUCUGAACAACUGCCCUCUGCCUAUGUCUGUAUAUUACAAGCAGAAGCUCAGGUCCUUCUCCUUGUUGUGAGUAGUUCAGUAGAUUUUCUGGCAUUUUUUAUUCUUUGUUUUUCUGGAUUUAAGCAUUGGACUGUGAAUUAGAAUUGUUAGCUUUGGAUAAAUCAGUUUUACACCAGUUUUUGGGUCUGCUUGUUUCUUUGUGGUGUUGGUUAAAGUGCUUUUUUUAAUAA